CCAACCUCCACGACCAGCUAAAAGACCUGCCACCCAGCAACGAACGCCUGUAGUCCUUGUUGAGCGCCGGUCUUCUCUAGUACCCCUCGCCCCCCAGUUUCUACAGCACCUCUGUUGCACUGCAUUCCGUACCAAACUUUACCAACUUGUCUCUCUUUGCCUUCAGCUCUCGAGUCCGGCUAUCGAUAGACGAGGUCCAGGAAAUCCUUGCGGUCUUCGUAUUAUCGGACAGGGAGAGCUCCAUAUUGCGUUUCACCCCUCGAUAUCCCACCUACCGCAUCCUCAGGCGAAGAUUGGAGGGCGAGUAGGACUCGACCGACACAAAUUCCUCGUUUCCCGAUCGGGUCACCAUUCCUGCAACUGUUCUACACCACCGGAACGGAACCAUGGCCUUUAACCAUGCAUCGGCCGCAUCCCGUCCCUCUCCGCUGCACCUGCAACAGGCACCUCUAGCUUCUUAUGCCACUCACUGCUCGCUGCGAGCAGGAGCUCUGCACCCCCUGAAGCAAAACCCGCCUUCCAUUGUCGGCGACGACUUCUCGUCCUUUGACGAUAUCGAUAUCCAAGACCCAAUCCGCCCGCCGCCUUCCGCUUUGACAGCUGCGACUGCCUACGAUCCGCAUGCAUCCUCCUCUCCUCUAGAUGACUACUCACCAUCAUCUCAUAUUGGCCACCAGAGGUCGUUGACAGACUCUUUUUUUGACAACUGCAGACCACUAGUAAACAGAGCUACUUCAACCUUACAACAACAUACUUCAAGGACAUCCUUCCACUCACCGACCAAGUCUCUUGCUAGCUUCAUACCUUCGCGAAGCGCAAUCGAGUCGACGGCGUCGCAGCCGAAGUUCAGAGCUGGCGCAAAGGUACUUAGCGAUUGGUUCAACGGCUCCUCGGGCCCAGUGAACCUGGGUGUCGCUCCCCUCUCACCAAGCAAGGAACACCUACACGAAGACUACGACUCGGAAGAGGACGACGACGACGGCAGGAUGAUGGCCGGCAUCUUCAAUCGAGUGCCGGCCCUGACGCGCUCAGCAACGGAAUCAGCACCCGCGCAGUCGAAACCCAAGCAUACCCAAACCCAGUCUCCCACAACCGGGAGCAAGUUUGCGUGGCUACUGUCAACACAGAAGAAUGCUGCUAUCCCUCCACCCGCCCCAUCGCCGACCUACCACAACCCCUCCGAUGAACUUCUCAACCUAAACAUUCCCCAAUCGCUCUUCCCACACGGGCCUGUCGACCCCCUAGACCCCUCGGCCUUCCACGAUCUCCUCUCCACAGCCGAGACCCUUCUCACUCGGUAUCAGAACUCGUACCGUGCCCUAUCCUCCGCCUUGAGCGAUGCUAGAGCCGAGCAGAGUGCUCAAGAUGACGAGCUGGAUGAGGCAGAAACGCGAGUAAGGCAUCUAAAGAUGCAGUUGGAGACAAUGGCGUCGCGAGCAAGCGAGCAGGACGCGCAGAUGCACAAGUUGAUGGAGGAGCUGCAGUUUGAACGCCGCGCACGUAAGGAGGAAAAGGAGGCCAGGAAGCGGAGCUUGGCCCUGAUCAGAGGCCCCGGAUGUGCCCACACUGGAUGCGAAAGAGAGGCUGCUAGCCCGAGGCGAAGGAACCGAGUCUCGAAUUCGGAUGUCUCUAUUGAUUCUGGCUUUGAGUCUGAGUGCGAAUCCGAGGCUGCGAGCAUCUUCUCUCGUGCGAAUCGACCCACGAGCCCUACCGAUACCAUCCCAUCAUCGGCUGCGUCUGAAGCCGGGUCACCAAAUGAUACCACGCCCAAGGGUAAACACCUUCAACCACUGGAACGAAGGAGUACGUAUGACAAGGUCCUACACGGUGGCGCAAACUUAGAGAAGGUUAGCUGGGGUUGCGCAAACUGUGAAGGUGGACCUCAAGCCUCUGUGUGGGGGCGUCUUGCUAGGGAGAGGGAGGAGUGCAGUAUACUAAGGAGAAGGGUCGAGGUACUGGAGGAGGCUGUCGACGGUGCCCUGAGCGUGGUCGAUGGACCGUGGGGGAUGUAAUUGCUUCUUUUGUAAAUACCUGGGGCUAGGCGCGGCGCUCAAGUUUAGCAUUGAUGGGGCAGGAGUUUGGCAUUCAUGUAAUCCUUUCGCAUUUUAGAGGAGGGGUUCAGGAAGGGCACUGGCAUUUUCAUGGAACAUGAGUAUGAAGUUGGGUGGUUCAGCGUAGAGCGCUCAGAUUUUAAAUGAAGC